GUGCGUUAACAGUCGGUGAACCUCGGCUCGCGCCUUGCUCUGAACAAAACCAUUUUUUUUCUUCUCUUUUUCCAUUCCAGACGGAGGGGCGGAAACAGCAGCACGCUCUGUUGUGGUCAAGCUAGCGGCUCGGCGUUUCCACAACAAAUCAACACAGGCAGCAGUCAUUUUUCUUCCUUCCUUCUGCAUUAUUGUAACACAGCUGCAGUCAAGUUGCGGGACUUUUAAACCGCCGCUUAAAUCCAAGCUAAUCGGCACCUGUCAGUCCCCAGGUCUACCUGAUGAGCAUGAGCCAGACUCCAGAGCCUUCAAGCGAUGGCGCCACCGUUCCAGAAGAGGCUACAAUAACAACACCCGAGAAGGAGAAGAAGGCGGAUGAAGUGGUAGAGGAAGAAGAGGAGGAGGAAGAGUACGUGGUGGAAAAAGUCCUGAAUCGGCGGGUGGUGAAAGGCAAGGUGGAGUACCUUCUCAAGUGGAAAGGGUUCUCCAAUGAGGAUAACACUUGGGAACCAGAAGAAAACCUGGACUGUCCGGAUCUGAUAGCAGAAUAUCUGCAGAAACAGAAAUCGGCGAACGAGGGGAAGAGAAAAGCGCCUGGAGACGCCGAAGGAGAUGAAAGCAAAUCAAAGAAGAAAAAGGAUGACAAUGAGAAGUUGAGAGGCUUCGCUCGAGGUCUGGAGCCAGAAAGGAUCAUCGGUGCCACAGACUCCACAGGAGAACUCAUGUUCCUUAUGAAAUGGAAACACUCGGACGAGGCCGACCUGGUGCCAGCAAAAGAGGCCAACGUGAAGUGUCCUCAGGUGGUGAUCUCCUUCUACGAAGAGAGGCUCACCUGGCACUCGUAUCCCUCGGAGGACGAGAAAAAAGACGACAAGAACUAAGGCAGACGAGGUAGCAGGGCUGGGCAAGAGGAAGAACCUUUUAACUCCAGUGUGCUUUUGAAAGAGAGGGAGAGGAAAAAAAAGACCAGCAAGACCUUGUGGACUCAUUUGUCGUUUUGGUGUAGUUUCACUCAUCUGAUUCUCCUUUUUAUGUGGAUGUAAAUCUAAAUAUAUAUGCUUCAGAUUUGCCUGAAAAGCCAGAGCAAAGGAAACAAAGCAGCGCAGCAGUUCAUUUUCAGCAAACAUUCCAGUCGUUUUUGCUUUGGAGAUCGUCUCCGCUCUGCGUAUCGUGCUGUCUUUCCCCAGCGUAUGCUGCGUUCAGUGGCGAGGUGGACGUUUUCAUUGUAAUUGAUCACCGGUAUUUGAAAGGUAUCGUUCAAAACCGACAGCAGUUGAUGUUGGAGUGUUUUUCUUUUCUAAGACAACCACUGUGGGUUUGAUUAUUGGUUUGCUUUUCACUAUGUAAACAAAUGCAAAUUUGCCUGAAUUCAUUUUUUUUUUAGGUGCAUAUCGGUUACAAUAUGCUGAAUUUAAAAGUCGAGUAUAAUCUGUUUUAUUUUUGAAAAAGUUUUGGGAUGAAAAGAGCCAAACCAGGCAGGUAGGUUUUCCUCAUUUUGGAUUUCAAACUGACUGAAAAAAAGAAUAAUAUAGUAACGUGAAUAGUGACGUGACCUUAUUUGAUGUUCUACUUGUUUACAAUCUGAGUUUGUUGUUUUUUUUUUUAAUGAUUUUUGGGCUCAUUUAAGGGUGUGUAUUGACUGCAGGAACCUGGGUAGUUUUCAUUCUUUUCUUUGUUACAACUGGGGGCCAUUUAGGUAUAAAGUAUGAACAAGUAGAAAUGUACCACAUAAAACCCACAUGGUAGUGAAUAAGUACAGCUAAGUACUAAUCUGAGCCAUCCGGGUGUGGUUAUGUGAUGGGAAGAUGCUUUUUCUCUUUUUGUUGUUGAAUAUUUCCAGCAUUCAGCCACCUCCCAGUUUAAAUCUCAGCAGCUCAUGUUUACAUGAAAUCGUCCCAACUGUGGUGAGUAGAAUAUUUGUGAAAACAAGAUUCAAACCCAGUCACUCAUAGAAUGUCAAUUUUACAAUGCUAACAUUCAAAAACAUUGAUAAAGUCAGCUAACCCCAUUGAAAAGAUUAUUUGAAUGACAUUAAUGAAGUGUGGUCUAAAGACAGGAAACAAUUCAAAGCCCUUUUGUUAUGGAUUUAAACUUUCCAUUAAAAACACUGAAACAUUGUCAAUGAAAGAAUCCAAUAGGAUACACAGUGAAGACCUUGAUUAUUAAUAAUUCUUAGUUAAUACGUGCUACUUUUGACAUGAAACUCAUUUUAGUUGUCUUUCAGAGUGUAACCACUCAGAGAGCAAAUUCUGUUAACUUAAUUGGUUGUAGGGUUAUUGCUAUAAACUGCUUUUUUCCCCCUGACAUUAAUUGAUGUUUAAUGAUAAAAACACUGAAACGAUCUCAGAUUAGAGCUUUUUUUUGUGUCUAAUUUCAGUGUUUGAAUAUUUGAAAUUCAAACACUGAGUGUUCAACUCCCACUUUGUGCAAGUGGGAGUUGGAACAGAUGAGAGAAUGCAGGAUUAUUGUUCGUUGUACUGCAUCUUCCAGUUUUAUUAUUUUAUGAGAGCCUGUACAGCAGAGCAGUGAGCCUCUGCAAUGUAGCAAUGUAAUUUACACCUCAGCGGGGAGGAUGCCAUAAAACUUUAUGGAAAAUAUUUCGGGGGGCCGUUCCGGGUUGCGUAGUCCAAACACACCUUUAGCUGCUUUGCUCAAACUUGUUUGGUGUAAGCUUACAAAUCAUUCUGUGAAUAAUUUGUUCAUUGUAAUCUUUCUCGUGUCUUUCUUUGUUUUACUUGUCACUUUUGGAAAAUAAAACCAAUUUUUGUUACAA